AUGACUGGAUUGGAGGUACCGCGCUGGGUGACACGGUUGGGAAGUUAUCUGGCGCAAGGGCGGGGAGAUCUAUCUCCCAGCCCACUGGCAGGAUCAAUGGCGUCGCCGCAGUCGCCACCAGGAGGACCUGCUUUUCGGCUGAGGUCCCCGACUCGAACCACGCGGCCGCUACCGCCGCCUACACCGCCGAGUUCGGAUAUUUCAGCUGAGGCCAUACAAGCCGAGGUACAGCGACAACUGGGUGGAAUCCUGGGACGUCUUCAGGUGGCAGAGAGCCGGAACGAGGCCUUGAUGAGUGAACUAGGCGAGGCUCGACGAGUCCUGGAGGCAGCCUAUGGGGACCGGGAGGGCAACUUUCAGGAGAUCUCCUACGUGACCCACAUGAUCUACGAGGACGCCCUACUGAACCUCCAGCUCCCCCUAGGCUAUUGGAAGAUCUUCUUACAGCUCCAUCAGGUCCCGGAAUUCCCACGGAAGAACCCCAAGUACCAGACCCUGAUGCAGCAGGAGCGAGAUCUAUUCCACAACCACCUCCCCUACCUGAAGCUCGAAGUUUCAUGA